UGUGCUGCUUGUGAAAAAGAGAAUGAAAAGAUUUAGGUAAAUAAAGUUGCUUAUCAGCACAGAUAAACUAUGAAUACUGGAAAUGGGUAGAAAACAUUCAAUUUUUUCUGAUUCCGGUUAGCUCUUAUCACUGAACUUUGGACUGAUAUUGAUUGUACAGCUUCCAGACAGUACAUAUACAGCAGCUCUGUGUAGGACAGACAGCAGGAAAAUGGGAAACCAAGAGUGUCAUGAAGUGUAUCGCCUGGGUCGGGAAGUGGGCAUGAUACCCGACCCUCAGAUGGACCGAACGUUCACCGGUUACCUCUUGCCCAACUCGUCCACUCACCUGAGCUCCCACUACAUGGAUGUGCGCAGCUCGCUCUCUCCAGAGCAGCUCAGCGUGUUCAACCACAGCCUGCGGGCCACACUGGGAGAGAGCGGGAAGGUGACGCAGGGGGGUGUGGGCGUGGUAGCCCUGGCCCUGUCCUUCCUGUUCGACGUCUUGGCCCAGCAGGCCAAGAACCAGACCGGGUCGACCCAUUUCAUCCACCGAAUUUUCAGAGAGCGCGAAGGCGACAACAGCUCAGAGAUCGGGACAGUAAUCAGCGACUAUCUGAAACUAGUCCCGCUGAUCGCCAGCGACCCCCAAAGCAUGAAGGAGGAGACCGAACGCUACGAACAAAGACUCAACCACUCGCUGGUCGGCCAUUUUGAGAGGACAAUCAAGGCACAAAACAGCAGUUGGACAGAUUGGAAGAUAUUCACCCACGGUCUGGCGUUUCAUCAGCACAUGAUGAUCCAUCAGGUACGAAUGGGAGCAGACAUAUCACUGGAACAACUGAUUGAAAAAGACUGGGAAAAUUUUACGGAUAAGUUUGCCAAAAAAAAUCAAUUCAAUUUGGAUGAAAUGACAAAUAUAGUCGAACGUCUGAGGAGCAUUAGUCCAGAAAAUCACCAGUUACUAACUAGGUGUGAGGACACAGACACAAUGCUAAUUAAGAACUUCAUACUUGAUGUAAUUGCUCAGGGAAUGGCCUUCUUUUUGACCUUCCAAAGACAUGCUCCCCUUUUUCUGAAGCAGAAUGAGGAUUUUUUCUACUGAAAAAAUGUAGCACAUGUGCUUAAGUAUCACCACUGAAACAGUAUCAUUAGCAAGGCUUUAACCAUGCUUUAGGAUGUAACACCGACUGGCUGUCCAGCUAACGUAUCUCACAGCUAAUGUAGCAGCCCCAGUCCAGACUGCAAAUAUCAGAUAUUCGGUAAUGCCUCAAUGGAACAAUCGGAGAGAGCACCCUCAAAUGUAUUCCAAGAUCUCAAAUUUAUUAUUACAUAGCAGUGGUCUCGUCAGACCGAUUUUAAGGGGCGCUUAGCCCCUUAAGUUUAAUAAAACCUCAAGGUACUAUUGUCAUUAUUUACUAAUUAUAGCAAAGCUCGUUUCAAAUAUGUAGCUACAGGUUUAAUGGGAAAUAACAACAGGCCAAUAAAAAAAUAUAUUUAUGCAAUGUUUAAUUGGAAUUCAGAUGGAAGAAAAUUUGAACAAAUUCAAACUAAUUACUGUAAAUUAUGAUAUUAGUUCAAACUUAAUUUUUGAGUUCGAAUAAAUCAUCUGAUUCAGAGAA